CGCGAGGUGUUCGGUAUACGUGUUUCGCUUACCCUAACCACUGUCGUGUAAAUAAGCAUGAUAGCCUCAAACUGUCUACAAUGACGCACGAUAAAAAUGAGAAACAGAAGUCGUCGACUAAGCGGAGAGACAGGGAAAACCCGCCGUCGAAGGUUGUCAUUCGCCGUUUGCCGCCAAGUCUAACUCCAGAGUCUCUUCUCGAACAAAUAUCUCCUCUAACAGAACAUGACUUUUAUUUUGUCAAGGCUGAUAUGAGCCUUGGAGUCAAUGCUUUCUCAAGAGCAUACCUGAAUUUCCACAGCCAUGAAGAUGUCUACAACUUUAGAGACCGUUUUGACAACUACAUUUUCUUGGAUAACAAAGGAAACGAGUACCCAGCUUUGGUGGAGUUUGCACCAUUUCAGAAAGUUCCAAAGAGAAAAUCAAAGAAAACUGACACAAAGAAAGGCACCAUUGAUCAAGAUUCUGACUAUCUCAAGUUUGUGGAAAGUUUAGAGAAGCCAGAUGAGGAAGAUGUAGUUUCCAUUGAAAGUUAUCUAGAGACACUUGAAAAUCGAGAAAAAGUGCUGAAAGCAAAUCACGGGAAUCCACACCUGUCAACACCUUUAAUAGAAUACUUGAAGAAACGCAGGGAGGAAAAGAAAGCUGUUAUACUGAAAAUAAGAGAAGAGAGGAAGAAACGGGAGCAAGAACGAAGAAAGGUGAGGGAGGAAGAAAAGAAACGGAGAAAAGAUAAAGAUCGAGAACGGGAAAGACAGAGGGAUAAAGACCCAGUUAAGGACAAAGAAAGGCCUGAUAAAGAUAAAAGUAAAGACCAGACCAUCAAGGUUCUUCUAAAAAACCCCGAGAGAGACAAGGAGACUGAUAAAGAGAAAACACAUGAUGUUAAGUCAAAGGAAGUAGGUCGACCCAGAGAGGAAAAGGUAUCGGAUUCUAAAACCAAGGAUAGAGAGAAACUCAGAUUCUCUAAAGAAAACCGGGAACGACAGAGAGACCAAAAAAAUGAGAAAGCAGUUUCAGAUCGUCCUCGAUCAGCACGAGAUAAUCGUCAAGGCGAUAAAGGGAAGUCAGGAAAGGACGACUAUAGGUCAGACAGAAAGGAGGAGGAUAGAAAUAGGGGAGGUAACUCUAGAGGCGAUCGGCCAAAAUCUGGAAAGGAUGAGUCUCGACAGCAAGACCGUUACAAGUCUGGAAGAGACUAUGACCAUGAUGGAGAUUGGGAUUAUGACAGGGGUAGAGACCGUGAUUAUGAUCGGAAUAAGGAUCGGGACUAUGAUAGAAAUAGAGACCGAGAUUAUGACCGGAAUCGCGAACGGGGAUAUGGCAAGAGAGAUGUGGACUCUGAUAGAAGGGACAACUCAGGCCGUGCCAGGAAGGAGCAAACAGGCCACAAGUACGACAAGCCGAAAGGAAAGGUAGACAACAAACCGACAGGAGAGUCCAAAUCUCAGACUGAUGCAAAAAGUGGAUAUACCAGGACAGCAGAUAAUAAAACCACCAAUGAAAAAUCAUGUGGAGACACACAGACAGAGAAGAAAGGUGAGGAUGUUGCCUCACAGAAAGACAAGAAAGGUGAGGAUGUUGCCUCACAGAGAGACAAAAGGUCAGACAGUUCUGGAAGUAAGAAGAAAGUUGACCAGUCAAAAGCAGGUGCAUCUGCAAAGCAAACAAACUCCGAACCUGCUAGUCAAUCAGAUGGCUCAGGGAAGGAGGAUGGUGACAUGAAAUUGAUAAGUUCAGGGAAAGGGGAUGGUGACAGGAAAUUAGAGACUUCAGGGAAGGAGGAUGGUGAUAAGACUUUAGAGGAUUCUGGGAAGGAAGAUAACAGGAAGUCAAUGUCUUCAGGAAAGGAAGAUGGUAGAAAGCUGGAGAGGGCAGAUUCUGGUGAUGGAGACAAGGAGGAUAAAAGGAGGAAAAGACGUGAACGUCCAGAGAGGGCCAUCUACGACCCCAGGAAAGCUUUUGAGAAACGACAACAGGGAAUUAAGCCAGCAAGUGGAGGCAACUCAUCGGAGAAGAGUUCUGAUAAAAGUUCUGAUGACAAAAGUCCAAAAGAUCAAGUGAAAACUGUUACAAGUGAUGAUGGUUGAAUAUGAUGAAUUCCAAGGAUCAGCUAAACUGAUAUCAGGGGAAAGACACUGAUUGAUGGGAUUUAACUCUACUGUUCAAUGAGAUUAAAUUUUGAAAUUUGAACAUUAAGAAGUGUGAACGUUCAGAACUGAUUUUAUCCUACUGAGCAUUUGUACAUGGCAGGAUGAUUAGGGAAAAUGAAUGUGUAAUGUAGUGUUGUCCUUGUUUAACGCAUUAAAGAGCUUUAAACCUUC